UGUUAUAUAUUCGAGACAGCAAGCUAUUUUUUUUUCUUCGUGCCUUCCCCGCCGACCUCUGCGAUCCUUGAGCGAGGAAUCGGGAUCGUACGAUCGGCGAUCGCGUUGCGCCGAAUGAGGCAAUGAAUCGAGCCGCGUGAAUUAUCCGGCUGAUGAAAUCCUGGGGGGGUCAAUCUUGCAAUAUAGCGAGGCCUGAUCUACGAUGUGCUUUCUGCGUCUAGAGGCAUCCCACUUCACGCGAACGGAUGAAAACGCUUCGAAAAUUUGUCAACGAUGCACGAUUAUACAAUGCGUAAUGUGACGAGGAUGGGCUGGAGCGUCUGAGCGUCGGAUCUCGUCCGUGGGUGCAAGCGAAAACAAAUCCCAAGUGCCACAGUUAUGUACACGCGAGCGGCCUAUGGAAAGCGAUUCGGAUUCAAGUACUGGAAAAUGUCCGAUGCGUGCAUACAGAAGCGAUAGAUAAUCGGUGACGAGCAGCCGCGCGAGGAAGUACACGGGCAGCAACACCGCUGCGAACUCACCGGGCCGCGCCACUGCUGGACACACUAUGUCGGGCGCAGGGCCCAUCAUCUCGCAAACCAUCGCCCACCUGCCGGAGAAGGAGCACGGGCCUGUCCCGACUGUAGAUUACUCUAGCAUCAGAGGCAAGAAUGUCUUGGUCAGUCCAUCCGAGGAUCAGUACGAACUGUUGCUGAGGAGGCUGAGGGAGAGGAUUCAGGAUGGAGGCAGCGAGACGAUCUUUGACAUCGGCAUCGCUGAAGACGGAUCCGAGGAUGGAUUGAAGGAAGACGAGUACGAAGCGUCGGUUGCCACUUUGCAGUCACUCGCUGCGACACUGGAGGCAGAUUGCGUGCUUCUACGUCAGAGUAAAGCGGAUCACGGUCUAACGGGGCAGUAUCUGGUGAGAAGACGUUUAGAUCGACAGGAUUUCUUAGAGAUCAGGGUCGCUGUAGUCGGUAAUGUGGAUGCUGGUAAAUCUACCCUAUUGGGAGUACUGACUCACGGUGAACUUGACAAUGGACGAGGAUUGGCGCGUCAGAAGUUAUUCCGCCACAAGCACGAGGCUGAAACGGGGCGGACUAGCUCUGUGGGGAAUGAUAUACUCGGAUUCGAUAGCGUCGGUAACGUAGUGAAUAAACCCGAGCACGGGUCGUUGGAUUGGGUGAAGAUAUGCGAAAAAUCCUCCAAAGUAAUAACAUUCAUUGAUCUCGCUGGUCACGAGAGAUAUUUGAAGACUACUGUGUUUGGAAUGACGGGACAUGCUCCGGAUUUCGGUAUGCUAAUGAUCGGAGCAAACGCCGGGAUUGUGGGGAUGACUAAAGAACAUUUGGGGCUUGCCUUAGCGUUGUCCGUACCGGUGUUCGUUGUCGUGACGAAAAUCGACAUGUGCCCGCCGAAUGUUCUGCAGGAAAAUUUGAAGCUGUUGAUAAGGAUUCUGAAGUCUCCCGGCUGCAGGAAGGUCCCGGUUACAGUGAAGACCCCCGACGACGUGGUAGUUAGCGCUACUAAUUUUGUUUCAGAACGAUUGUGCCCAAUAUUUCAAGUGUCCAACGUGUCCGGCGAAAAUCUGAGUCUUCUCAAGAUGUUUCUCAAUUUAUUGACUGCGAGAAUUACUAGUCACGAUGAUGAACCUGCUGAGUUUCAAAUAGACGACACAUAUUCCGUACCAGGAGUCGGUACAGUAGUGUCCGGUACAACUUUAAAGGGUAUCAUAAAGUUAAACGACACGUUGCUAUUAGGACCCGAUCCGCUGGGUCGUUUUACACCUAUUACCGUCAAGAGUAUCCAUCGGAAGAGGAUGCCUGUUCGCGAAGUGAGAGGUGGACAGACAGCUAGCUUUGCCCUGAAAAAGAUUAAACGUUCGCACAUUCGCAAGGGCAUGGUAAUGGUCGCGCCCGCGCUUAAUCCACAGGCCUGUUGGGAGUUCGAGGGUGAAAUUUUGGUGCUGCAUCAUCCCACGACAAUUAGCUCCCGUUAUCAAGCAAUGGUGCACUGCGGCAGUAUAAGGCAAACUGCUUCUAUACUGUCGAUGUCCCAGGAUUGUCUGAGAACAGGCGACAAAGCCUUAGUACAUUUUAGAUUUAUCAAACAUCCCGAGUAUAUAAAGCCUGGGCAGAGAAUGGUCUUCAGAGAGGGUCGUACUAAAGCAGUAGGAAAUGUAGUGAAGCUCAUACCGCAUUCGAAUAGUAUAACUACGCAGGCGUCCAGAAUUAAUAAGCCGAAUAAAACAUCACAGAGUCGGCAGAACACAAGCAUACAGACAUUGGAAUUGACCGAAACUGAUUCGAUGAUUGAGGCACAAACGGCUAAACAGGAGAAUAUGCCGCAGAAAUCUGGGCCGAAUCAGAAUAAGAAAGGUAGAGGUCGAAGAGGAGGACGAUCUCAUAAUGCUAUCAACAAUAUUCAGCCUUUAACCGAGCAAAAUCCUCCUGCAAAAGUAUUCAUGCAGAUGAAAUCAGCAUCAGGAAAUACAUGACAUACGUCCCCAUCUCUAUAAUAUACAGUGUAUGAACACACAUACAUUUGUACAAGAGAUCGUGCGAACUCCUUUUAUCAACGCUUCUAGAAUUUACAAAUAAGACUUGAAGUAUGGCCAAUGCCGUGUAUAUCAUAAUAAUCCCUCUUGUACGAUAAUUCUAUGAAGAGAAUAUAAUCACAUAUACUUCGUUCUACCUUGUAAUACAUUUUGCAACUUCAAGCAGAGAUGUAUCAUACUAUAUUUCAAAUAUAAAGAGAAAAUUUUCCAUUGUAUCAGACGUAUCUAUUCCCUGAUAAGCACUGACGUGCUGCUGACUGUGGAGAAGGUUCGUUUCUUUCGCAAAUUUAAGUCAUUUCUAUAUAAUUGAGCAUACAAUUGGGCACUUAUUUACAAUAUAAAUUAUACACGUUGCGAAAAUGUGAUUCGAAAUGUACUAAAUAAAUGAAAAUCUUGUUUUACUA